GCCAGGGCUAAUCACGAGCGUUGAUUUUAGACCUGGCCAUCCCUUCGAACUCCUCCGAUAGUUCUCCUCGUCCUCCCCCUCCCCCGUCUACCCGGCAGCCGCACCCAAAACCCCAGGCCGCCAGGCACCACCCCCGACCCACCGCCCCACCAUGUCCGCCGCCGCCGCGGCGCCCCGACCGACCGAGCCGCUCCCCCUCCCGAGCGGGCUCUCCCUCUCGCCGCGCCUCAAGCUCCUCCUCACCUUCUUCCGCGGCGACCUCACCGUCCGCCCCUUCGACGAGUGGCAGCUCAAGUCCGCGCUCCUCGCCUUCCUCCGCGACCCACCCCUCUCCCUCCCGCUCCUCCCCGACUCCGACCUCUCCGUGCGCCGCCUCCCCGACCUCCAGAAGCGUCGCCGCGAGGAGCCCGUCGCUUCUGGGGUCCUCCACGUUCGCGACAUCUCCUUACUCCGCCCCCAAACCCGCAAGGGUGACGGCGAGGCCGAGGAGGUGACUCGGGAACAGGAGGAGGAGAAGUACUUCGAGUGGCGGAGCUCCUUGGUCGAGAGGCUCGCCGGCAUCGAGCUCAACCUCGAGGGGGUCAAGUUCCGGAUGAGCAUCGAGAUUCCGCCGUCCGACGACUUCAAAGCGAUCAAGAAGUCGUGGGAGAAUUUCUACUCCUCCGAGCUACUGAAUAGCAGGAAUCCGGUGAGGAAGAUAGCGAAAGGGCCAGACACAAUUAUUGUCCGUGGUGUGCCGUCCAGGUGGUUUGCAGAGACGAGGAUAUCGUCCAAGCCAUCCACGCUGGUCACGCACACUAUCUUCUCGGCGCUUGGUAAAAUAAGGAACCUAAAUAUUUCCAAUGAUGAUGAGUUAGAAGCAAAAGAAGAUGGAGCCAAUAAGGAGCUCAUAUCUGGACUCAAUUGCAAAGUUUGGGUGAAAUUUGAGAGCUACGAUGACUUCUACAAUGCAAUGAAGGCGUUAUGUGGACGCUCAUUAGAGAAGGAAGGAUCACUGUUGAAAGUAGACUAUGAAGUGACUUGGGACCGUGAAGGUUUCUUUCGCAAUGCUCAAUAUGAGCCUGCUCGAAGAAAUUUAGAGGAAAGGGCUGUGUUAGCAUCGGUUCAUGGCCGGAAGAAACAUUACACUUCAAGAAUCGAUUCGGAUCAUAGGAAGAGAUUUAGGGAUUGAUGACACAAGCGCAUGGUGCGAGAUAUUGCUAUGUUCUGAGGAGAGGGGAAAUGCUGCGUUGUACCAUUGUAUUGUAUCCGUCUCAGAUUUCAAGUUACCUUUCUCCUCCUCAAUUAGCCUAACAGAAAAAUCAUUCCGAUAGUUACUGAUUUGUACUUUUGUAGUCAUCACUAUUAGCGCUGUUCUGGUUGGUACCCGGAGAGCAGGACAAAAACGAAACUGGUUUUCUUAUCAAAGAACUUUUACCAUUGAGCA